GCGGUUUCAGGUCGCCAUAGAGACCGAUGCUGUUCAGCGCGAGAGGGCCUGGAGAAGAUACGGAAAACAUGAAUCAAAGAGACCGAACAUUCAUGACAAUUCAGAGAAAUCAUAGCUCAGAUAAUCUGGUGUUCCGUAUGAAAAAUGAGAUGAGAAACACCAAGUACAAACCAGUAGACUAUCAACAAUUGCGUGCAUUAACUGAAGCAAAGAAAUUAGCUUCUGCCUCUGCAAAGCUAAAGAUCAGAAAAGCAAUGUUGACUUCAAAGAUAUCCAAAGAACAAACACUAAUAAAACAACACAAGCAAGUGUGGUGGCAGGAAUACCAGAGGCUGAAUGAAGUCAGAUGUAAAAUGGAAUCUGAAAUAAAAUCCCUUCUCAAUGAAGAGAACAUUGGAAAUGAAUGUCUUUGUGACCUUACAAAUUUUGAGCAAGAGCUAUCAGAACAACGGUGCACAUAUCUUAAAAAUGUAAUAAAUCCUAUUCAGCAGCUGAGAGCAGAUCUAAAAUACAGACAGCAUCACACUUUACAGCAUUCACACCCACAUAUUGAGUUUAACUCCGUGAAAGUAUUGGAAGAGGUUGACUUUGUGAAGAAACAAUUGAAAACUGUCUUUGAAAGACUUAGCCUGGAGCAACAGAGAAUAGAAAAUGAUCUUUCAGACUGGAGUAUAAAGAUUCUAGAUCAUUCUUUGGAAGAAAAGACUAACCCCCUUAGUGAACUGCCCAUUGAAUUAGAAAGUUUGGAAUGCCCAUACCCUGAUUUGAAAUCUUCAAUUCUCAGUGAGUUCUGUAAGUUUACACAGAAAUAUCAAAAGAAGCUUCAAGACUUUAAUCUGCAGUUGGAAGACAUAUACAGAAACUGUCAACUAAGUGAAGAAGACCACUGGAUUUACCAGGCUAUUUUGGAUCAGUACCCUGGAGAUCUCUUUGGAAGAAGGACUCUGUAUCUGGACAUGUUACAAAGAUAUUUUCCUCACAAAUCUAGGCAUGAUUUGGUUGAACACGAGAAAUGUUGUGACCAACAUCGCUUUGCUAUGGAGCAGCGAAAGAUCCUGAUAUCAAAUUGGAAUAAAAAUAGGAAAGACUUUAUACAGAAGGCUGUGCUGACACUCAUCGAGGCUUGUGCAACUCAUGAAAUGGAGAGCACAUUGGCUAAGGACAAGAAAAAGCAACAGGAAUUGUGUGCUGAUCUGAAAGCCAAGGUUCUUCAAUGGCGAACCCACCAGGAAGAGGUAGCAAGACUGGAAAUGGAAAUUUCUGCCAGAAGAAGAGAAAAGGAAGAGGAGAAAGAGAAACUGUGGAAGAAGAAGGAAUUGUUGCAAAGAGCAGAGAAGAAAAAAAAAAUUAAAAAAUACUGGGCUAAGAAAAAACAGAAGUGGCAAGAAAUGGAAAUGAGAGAUCUUCAGCGUCUAGAAGAACUGAAGAAAUUAAUGGCUGAACAGUCACUAAAAGAUAGAGAAAGGGUUAAAUAUAGACAAGAAUUAUUGGAAAGGCGUUUGAUGGAGAAAAAGGAAGCGGCCCUUCAAGAAGCUCAUGAAGACAAAGAGAGAGCACGGCGGCUAGAAGCCCUUAGGAAACAGGUUGCUGUGGUUGCUCAAUUUGAUCCUGUUAGAAUGAUGUCAGAUACAAUGGCAUCGAAAGCUAGGAUGGGCAUUGAAAUUGAAGAAGAAUUUAUUCUUCAAAAGCCACUCUUUACAUUGAAUACAUACAACGAACAGCAGAUAAUUUCUGACCCUAGACUUCGCUUCGAGUUAGCUCUUCGAGAAGCUGGACUUCAUAGAACACUUUAUGCUAAAGAGAUAUUACCAAAAAUUAGUCCUCAAAAACCUCCAAGAAAGGACAUGGAGUCUACCGUAUUUAAAAUAUAGAGCUCAUCCUCAAAUUCCAUAUGUAAAGAGCAUUUUUCUUUGAAAACAUUUAUAUGGAUAAUAAUAAUUACUACUUCCUAAAAUAUUUGAAAUAUCAGACAUAGAAAUCAUAGCAUCUAUUAAAACAACUUUGCCUUUCUUUUGUGAUUCUUAGAAUUUUAUGCACUGUAUUUCCUGUAUCUUUAAGUUAUAUUUAAUAGUACUAAAUUCCCCCAAAUUAUGGAACUUAAUUAUGGCACAUAUAGUACUUAUACUAUAAUUUAGUAAACUGCAUGUUGGAGGUUGUGUUAUCCUAUAAAAAGAGCUCAAAAUAA